AUGGCUUCUUCUGAUAAAAAAUACACUUCAACAUUACCGAAACUGUAUCAGUAUCCGAAUUGGGAAUUGCCAGCACAAAGUGUUAUCAAAACUCAUUCAUUGCUAGCAUUAUCUGGUUGUGAAGAAAUUCUACAGGAGAAACAAUCAAGUAUUCCAGAAUCAGUUGGUCUAGCUCGUCCAGAUGCUUGCUGUGUUUUACUGAAUGAAAGUUUUUAUGAUUUAUUGAUUAAAGAGCAUUAUCGAUUGAAUGAAUGUCANCUUCGCUUGAUCGGCAUUCAGAAUGAGUUGAGACUUAAUCUUUUACUCGAUAUAACCAAACGUGUUGGAAUUGCAGCAGUUUUGAAUUAUUCGCGGCGAAUCGAUGAAUUCACUCGAUUCUUUUAUUACUCAAAAAUUACUCGACAAGAACGUGGACAAUUGGUAGAAGAAUCAGAGAAUUCGCAAGCAACAGAUGCUACUCAUCUCAUAUCCACAAUCGAGUUUGGUAUUGAUUUCAUUGCAGUUCUACAAUUGCCAUCGGAGAAGAAAGUUUCUAAAAAAAUCGAUGAAAUUCUAAAUAAAAUUCGUCACACCUUAAUGACUGAUCAUGACAAUCCAUUGGUCUUAAUGAACGACGAAGAACAUCUUCUGGAAAAAUUAGUUCACAUAACAACUUAUUCGAAUAUAUCAUCAUUGAUGGCAAUUUCCAAUCUUUCCGAUAUUCUCUGUUGUCUCACGCGAAUGAAAACUAUGGUAAAUCAUUGUCAUCCAUUGACAUAUUACCUACAAUCUCGAGCAAGUCAUAUUACAUUUCCAAUCCUAUCGAAUGAACUUAGCGAACAAAUUGAACGAUAUAUUUUACAAUUUCGAACACCAAUCAAGUAUCUAGAAGCAUCACUAAAUCAACACAUGCCCGAAUACUUAUACGGACAUUUGCAAGAUCGAAUUUAUCAAGCUCGACAGCAUUGUUUGCUACUUAAAGAUGAUUACAUUCAAGCAACGAAACGAAUUCGUCAGUUGCUUUUGACAUCAAAUGGUACUCAACUCGAUAUUCAACAAUUCGAUUUUGGUGAACAGAAUGUGACACUGAAAACCAGCAUUGAACAAUUAAUGAAAGAAAUUGCUAAUAUUGAAGCUCUUGUCCAAUAUGAUACAAAUAUAGAAUCACCGUCCGAUCAUGAAACGAUCACCGAAACAGAUUCGUUGAGUGAAAUGUCGAAUAAUUUAGUUACAACAGAUUCAGCUGUGGAAAUCUCAAGUUCAUCAUCAUCAUUGUCGAGCGAAACAAAUCCAAUACCACAGAAACCAGUCGUACCCAGGUCAAAUGAAGUUUACAAUGUUUUGCUUUUAGGUGAAACUGGAGUUGGAAAAUCUCUAUUUGUCAAUGCGUUUAUGAAUUAUCUAACCUAUGAUCGAUUCGAUCAAGCUGAAUCGGAUAAAACUGCUGUACUCAUUCCCGUUUCGUUUCAAAUGACUGUUGGUGAAAAUGCUGAGGAAAAAACAAUCGAAUUCGGUGAUUCAGAUAAUGAAAAUUUUCGUCAACGCGAUCAGUCGGUUACACAACAUUGUAAAACUUAUGUGUUUCAUUUGGACGACGGAAGCAAAUUGUGUCUGAUCGACACUCCAGCGAUCAAUCAAGACAAUCAUAAUUUAGAAGAAAUUUUUCAAUACAUUCAACACUAUACGCACAUCAAUGCUAUUUGUUUUCUCCUUAAACCAAACCUCUCCCAAUUGAAUCCGUUCGUCCGUUCAUGUUUGACUCAACUAUUCGAUUAUCUCGGCGCAAAUAUUUCUCGGUGUUUAACCUUUUGCUUUACCAACACUCGUUCAACCUUCUUCACACCUGGUAACACUGCUCCGUUAUUGAAUUCAUUGUUCGAUUCUCUGCCAUUCGAAAACAUUCCAUUCAGCAGCGAAAAUACAUUCUGUUUCGAUAGCGAAGCAUUUCGUUAUUUAGUUGCACGCAAUCAAGGUUUAUCGUUUCAUCCCAAAGAAAAAUCCAACUAUGAACUCAGUUGGUCAACAUCCCUGAACGAAUCUCAUCGAUUGGUUAAUUACAUUCGUACAAAACUGACUCCGUAUUCUUUGACAACUGGCUGGAAAUCAAUCAAACAUGCUCAGUUUCAAAUCAAUCAUCUCAUCCGUCCGCUUGUUGAAACAGUGAGGAACACGCUUCGAAAUAUAACUCUGUGGAAUAUCGAAUCUCCGAAUCAAUCGAUCGAAUUACGUCCGAUUGUGAUUCAUCGGCCGAUCUAUCUCUGUCUUUCAUGUCCUCCAAAGAUAAUCAAAGUAGGAAAUUUCGGAAUCAUUGCUGACGUUCCACACGAUAUUCGACGAGCAUGUUGCACUAGUUGUCAAUGUUCACCAAACAAACACAUUCCAAUUGAUUACCUGCUCGAUUAUAAACUGCUAAAUCGCCCGUCGACAAAACAAAUUAGUGAAUUGAAAGAUCAACUGGCGAUUCUCCGUGAUGCGUGUAUCGAAUUCGCUUACUUUCUUCGACAUGUUGCAUGUUGCACAAAACAAAACGAACUCCUAGUUCAAUUGAUCCGCAUGAUCGAACAGGAAACAUACAUCUGUCGUCGAUCCGAAACAAACUAUCUCAAUGUUCAAUUAGUCAAAGAACUAGUUCAAUGGAAACAACGUUACGAAGAACGAACAAGCAAUAUUAUCUCCAAAGAUGAACACGGAAAUCUAAAUGUGAUUUAUCAAUGGAUCGAGAGCAUGCGAGAGCUGCCGAUGAUGAAUGAACAACUGAAUGCAAUUGGAAAAAGUCAAGAAAUUCUUAUGAAACAACACGAAAUACAACCCAUGCAAAUCUAA